AUGGCGCGGGCCGGCGCCCCCCGCUCCCCGGGCCCCGAGCCGCCGCGCCGCCGCGGCCGCCAGCGCUACGUGGAGAAGGACGGCAGGUGCAACGUGCAGCAGGGCAACGUGCGCGAGCCGGGCCGCUACCUGACCGACCUGUUCACCACGCUGGCCGACCUGCAGUGGCGCCUGAGCCUGCUCUUCUUCGUGCUCGCCUACGCGCUCACCUGGCUCUUCUUCGGCGCCAUCUGGUGGCUGGUGGCCUACGGCCGCGGCGACCUGGAGCACCUGGGCGACGCGGCGUGGACGCCGUGCGUCAACAACCUCAACGGCUUCGUGGCCGCCUUCCUGUUCUCCAUCGAGACGGAGACCACCAUCGGCUACGGGCACCGCGUCAUCACCGACCAGUGCCCCGAGGGCAUCGCGCUGCUGCUGCUGCAGGCCAUCCUGGGCUCCAUGGUGAACGCCUUCAUGGUGGGCUGCAUGUUCGUCAAGAUCUCGCAGCCCAACAAGCGCGCCGCCACGCUCGUCUUCUCGUCGCACGCCGUGGUGUCGCUGCGCGACGGGCGCCUGUGCCUCAUGUUCCGCGUGGGCGACCUGCGCUCGUCGCACAUCGUCGAGGCCUCCAUCCGCGCCAAGCUCAUCCGCUCGCGCCAGACGCUGGAGGGCGAGUUCAUCCCGCUGCACCAGACCGACCUGAGCGUGGGCUUCGACACGGGCGACGACCGCCUCUUCCUCGUGUCGCCGCUCGUCAUCAGCCACGAGAUCGACGCCGCCAGCCCGUUCUGGGAGGCGUCGCGCCGCGCCCUGGAGAGGGACGACUUCGAGAUCGUCGUCAUCCUCGAGGGCAUGGUGGAGGCCACCGGAAUGACCUGCCAAGCUCGGAGCUCCUACCUGGUGGACGAGGUGCUGUGGGGCCACCGGUUCACGUCGGUGCUCACGCUGGAGGACGGCUUCUACGAGGUGGACUAUGCCAGCUUCCACCAGACCUUCGAGGUGCCCACACCCUCGUGCAGCGCCCGGGAGCUGGCCGAGGCCGCCGCCCGCCUAGACGCCCAUCUUUACUGGUCCGUCCCCAGCCGGCUGGAUGAGAAGGUGGAGGAGGAGGGGGCCGGGGAGGGCGCGGGCGGAGGGGCUGGCGAGGACAAGGAGCAGAACGGCUGCCUGCCGCCCCCGGAGAGCGAGUCCAAGGUGUGACCAGUUUUCCUCCAGACCCCUGUGGCAGGGCCAGACACCGGUACCUGGGAGCUGGAUGGCGCGGGCGGAGGAGGAGGCAGGCAAGGCCCCCCCAGGGGACGCGCUGAGGCCGGAGAGCCCCCUCAGAAUGGCAAGCCAGGAAUCCAGCGGACGGCGCGGGGCCUGGUUUCGGGAGGACGGACGGUGGGGACGGGAAACAUGCCAGCCUGUCUGUGUUCGGCCCUCACGUCUGUUCACGGGUGGACGGAUGGGCAGAAGGAUGGGUCUAUGCGGGGCUGGAUGGGGAGACGGGAGCAGACGGACGGACGCCGGCGGGGAGGCAGACGGACAGACGCAGGUGGCGGGCCCGCCUGGGGCCGCUGCUCGGCCCUAGGGCAUCUCUGUGCGAAUUCUGGAAAGGCGCCCUUUCCCUCCGGAACCGAUGCCGUCCCGAACCAGAGGGCACGGCUUGGGGAGCGGAGUGCGGGCUGGGUUUUAGUCCCCACUCACCUCCCCGGCCAGCCUCCCCGUGCUGCGGCCCACCUGUCUCGCUGGACACGGUGGCCCGAGCUGACCCCGAGGAGAGAAUGCCGGGCGGACGGAGGUGGGCCGGGCCGAGGGUGCCCGCCCCGCCCCCACCACUGUGACCGGAGCAGGAGGACGGAAGGCUGCGGGGGUGGCUCGGCCAGGUGUGAGUGACCGUGCCCCCACGUGCAGGGAGACAGGGCCCCGGGGAAGGAGGAGCAGGGACGGCUAUUUUCUGACAGCGGGACGAGAUCUCAUAAAUAGCACUGCAGCGGCAGGAGAGGAAGAGGGACGCUCUGGGGAAGAAGGGCCAGGAGAGAUCUAGAAAGUGAGUUCGCUCGAGCUAGGGUACAGGGGCCCGUGGGAAAGCGGAGUUUGUCCCGGGGCACGGUGACCCGGGCGCCACUGGCGGGGUUCACCGGGUGCGCGUUGGGUACAGAGCACUGACCCGGCACAGGCGGGGCGGGCGUUCGGAGACCUGGUUCCCGUCCUCGGGACACGGUGUCCCUGAGGCAACCGCACCAGGUGUGGCUCAAACGGAACCCGACCGUCUCUCGGAGCAGAGGGCGGGAGGGUUCGGUGAUCGGAAAGCUGGGGGCUGAGUAAGGCCCAGAGAACGACAGAGAACGAGUGAGCCAGCACUUGUCAAACUGGCGUGUCCAUCAGAGUCGCCUGCAGACCUUGUGGAAACGCAGGCGGCUGGGCCCCGCUCCCGGAGUUUCGGCCUCGAUAGGUGUGGGGUAGAGACCAAACACUUGCAUUUCUAGCAAGUUCCCAGGUCAUGCCGAUGCUGCUGGUAUGGGGGCCACACUUUGAGAACCACUGCUCUACAUAGACUUGGAAGUCACGUCAGGAGGUAGGGCAUUUGAGC